AUGGGGAGGUGUGAAAGGGAAUUCUAUGACUUUUGGGUGAAAUGGUCUAAUGUAUGUAGGCAUAAGAAGAGUGGGGGUUUAGGUGUUAGAGAUCUUCGAAUGGUUAACCUAGCUCUCUUAGAUAAAUGGAGAUGGAGGCUUAUGUCGGGUGCUUCUGGUCUUUGUUUCGAUAUCCUUUUUUCUAUGUAUGACUAUUCCGUCGUCACCUCGUUAUGCAAGGGUCAGUCGGUGAAGUCUCACUCCAUCUCUUCUUGGUGGAAAGAAGUGUCCCUUCUUGGAUCUAAAAAGGAUAAUCCUCCUAUUUGGUUUGAGAUUGGGAUUGUUAAGAAGGUUGGGCCAGGUCUUCAGACAUCUUCUUGGAAAGGCUCUUGGAUAGAGGGUAUACCCCUUAAAACUAGGUUUCAAAGACUCUUCACCAUCUCUAAGAGGCAGGAUGACACUGUAGGUGAGAUUGGUAAGUGGAUAGAUGAGAGGAUUUCUCUGAACCAUUGUUGGAGGAGAUCUUUUAUUGUCUAUGAGGAAUCUAUGGUGGCUGAUUUUUUCUUGGUUCUGCAGGAGUUUCAAUUUAGUGAAGAGAAUGAUAGGUGUGUAUGGAGACAUACUAGAGACAGGUUGUUCUCGGUGGCGUUUACUUGUCAAAUCCAAGCUGGCAUUUGCCCUUCACCGAAGGAUUCUUUAUCUAGGGAGAAUUAA